UGUAUUUCCAGGCUGUCAGUCUAUGAAGAGUGACUGGUCCAUGUUUGACCCUCCAUACUUCAGUAAUACCGCAGACACAAAAUUUCAGUACAGACAGAGAGCAGAGUCUGUAUUUCCAGGCUGUCAGUCUAUGAAGAGUGACUGGUCCAUGUUUGACCCUCCAUACUUCAGUAAUACCUCAGACACAAAAGUUUCGUACAAACAGAGAGCAGAGUCUCUAGUGUCUGGCUGUCAGUCUAUGAAGAGUGACUGGUCCAUGUUUGACCCUCCAUACUUCAGUAAUCAACCUGGACCCUCAGACACAAAAAAGAGGAAGAGGAGUGAUGAGGAGGAGCAGCCGUCCUGCUGUGCUUCCUGUCAGGACGUCCUGAAGGAUCCCGUCUCUACCAGCUGUGGACACUGGUUCUGCAGAGCGUGCAUCAGCUCAUACUGGGACCAGUCUGCUUCACCAGGAGACUCCUCCUGUCCCCAGUGUGGACAGAGAUGCAGAAGCAGACUGGGACUGCAGACAGCCAGUCAGAGCAGCACUGAACAAAUGUCUGGCGGUCUGCAGGAGGUUUUAGAUGAAUAUAAGAUCAUUCUGAGGAGGAGAUGUGAACGUGUGACUGAAGGAAGUGAUGCAACAGGAAGUGGAACCCUCCUCAACAGGAUCUACACUGAGCUCUACAUCACAGAGGGACAGAGUGAAGAAGUUAAUAUCCAACAUGAGGUGAGGCAGCUGGAGACAGCUUCCAAGAAGAAGACCGUCCACGACGCUCCAAUCAAGUGCCAGGACAUCUUUAAAGCCUUACCUGACCAACAGGGACCCAUCAGAGUGGUUCUGACGAACGGCGUCGCUGGCGUUGGAAAAACCUUCUCGGUGCAGAAGUUCAGUCUGGACUGGGCAGAGGGUUUGGAGAACCAAGAUGUCAGUGUGGUGAUUCUUCUUUCGUUCAGGGAGCUGAACUUGAUCAGAGAUGAGCAGUACAGUCUUCUGGAGCUGCUCCAGGUUUUCCAUCCAACAUUACAGAAGGUCCCAGCAGAGAAGCUCGCCGUCUGUAAACCUCUGUUCAUCUUUGACGGCCUGGAUGAAAGCAGACUUUCUCUGGAUUUCAACAAGAAGAAAAUUGUCUCUGAUGUCACACAGAAGUCAUCGGUCAACGUGCUGCUGACAAACCUCAUUGAGGGGAAUCUGCUUCCCUCGGCUCUCGUCUGGAUAACUUCCCGACCUGCAGCGGCCAAUCAGAUCCCUCCUGCAUGUGUUGACAGGGUGACAGAAGUACGAGGCUUCACUGACGCCCAGAAGGAGGAGUACUUCAGGAGGAGGGUCAGUGAUGAAGAGCGCUCCAGCACAAUCAUCUCACACAUCCAGACAUCCAGGAGCCUCCACAUCAUGUGUCUGAUCCCAGUCUUCUGCUGGAUCACUGCUACAGUUCUGGACCACAUGUUGACUACGGAGCAGAGAGGAGAGCUGCCCAAGACCCUGACUGACCUGUACUCACACUUCCUGCUGGUUCAGACCAAGAAGAAGAAGCAGAAGUAUGCUGAGGGACAUGAGACGAGUCCACAGGAGCUGAUGGAGGCUGACAGAGAAGUUCUUCUGAAGCUGGGGAGGCUGGCGUUUGAACAGCUGCAGGAAGGAAACAUCAUGUUCUACCAAGAAGACCUGGAGCGCUGUGGUCUGGAUGUCACAGAGGCCUCGGUGUACUCAGGAGUUUGUACAGAGAUCUUCAAAAGAGAGAGUGUGAUCUUCCAGAAAACAGUCUACUGCUUCGUUCAUCUGAGCAUUCAGGAGUUUCUGGCUGCAGUCUACCUGUUCCACUGUUACACCAACAGGAACACAGAGGUACUGAAGACUUUUCUGGGAAAAAAAUAUGUAAUUUCAUCCCUGGAUGACUUCCUGAGGGGAGCACUGAAGAAAGCCUUGAGGAGUAAAAAUGGCCACCUGGACCUGUUUGUUCGCUUCCUUCAUGGCCUCUCUCUGGAGUCCAACCAGAGACUGUUAGGAGGCCUGCUGGGUCACACAGACAACAGUACAGAAGUCAUCCAGAGAGUCAUCAAGAACCUGAAGGGAAAGAAGACCGAGAUCUCUCCUGACAGAAGCAUCAACAUCUUCCACUGUCUGUUGGAGAUGAACGACCUCUCAGUCCAUCAGGAGAUCCAAGAGUUCCUGAAGUCAGAGAACAGAUCAAAGAAGCAACUCUCUGUGAUCCACUGCUCAGCUCUGGCCUACAUGCUGCAGAUGUCAGAGGAGGUUCUGGAUGAGUUGGACCUGAAGAAGUACAAGACGUCACAGGAGGGAAGACAGAGACUGAUUCCAGCUGUGAGGAACUGCAGGAAAGCUGUGUAA